GUCCUGUAGUUCUGAGGCCGGGGAGGACAGAUCCUUCAGGUUUCAGCUGGGAGGCGGAGCUGGUCCUCCGAACUUCCACAGAACUUUCAGUCCGCCUCGCUCCUGGUUCCAUCGAACUUUAUCUGAAACCAGAACCUCCUCAUCCCGUCUGAGUUCUGACUGAUCCGGGUCCAGUUCCCCUUCAAGUUCUGCGCUUUUCUUCUGGAACAAAGUUCAGAACCUUCUGAGGUUCGGGAUGGCCUUCCUCUCCCUGGUUCUGCUGGUUCUGCUGGUUCUGGGCUCAGUUUGGACCUCAGCAGAGAAGGUCACUGCAGGAACACAGAGACACGAUCAUCUGCGGACCCGUCUAAAGGAGUACGGUCUGGUUACACCCUUCAGCACUGACGCCCAAGGACACUUCCUGUCCCACCGGCUGUCAGCCACUCACAAGCAGCGGGUCAGGAGGGAGGUGUUUCCUUCCACUGAACUGGAUCAGAACAUUUUUUUUAACAUCUCCGUCUUUGGGAAGGAGUUUCACCUUCGUCUGCGUCCCAACACCAGGCUAGUGGCGCCUGGGGCAGUGGUGGAGUGGCAUGAUGAGGUCAGAGGGUCUGGAAACUUCAGUGGGAAUAGUUCGAGUCCAGGAACCAACUGGACCAAUGGGAGGGAGGAGAUCCUGCACCGACAGCUUCUGAAGACGGACUGCACCUUUYUCGGGGACAUUACAGAUGUUCCUGAGGCCUCAGUUGCCAUCAAUAACUGUGAUGGACUGGCUGGGAUGAUCCGAACCAACUCUGAUGAGUACUUCAUCGAACCGCUGGAGAAAGGUACCCAGGACCUGGAGGACCAGGGCAGGGUCCAUGUGGUCUACCGCAGGUCAGCUGUGCUGCAGACCCACUCCGAGUCCAAUGUUGACUACCAGCUCCAAGAACCAGAACUAGAAGUUUCCAGGUCUCUGGCCUCGGUGAGCCAGCAGCUCAGUGAGACGGUCCAGCGCCAGCGCCGGGAUGCAGGCGAGAACGAUUACAACAUUGAAAUCCUGUUAGGAGUGGACGACUCAGUGGUCCGCUUUCAUGGCAAGGAGCARGUGCAGAACUACCUCCUCACCUUGAUGAACAUUGUAAAUGAGAUUUACCAUGACGAGUCUCUGGGGGUCCACAUCAAUGUGGUUCUGGUGAGGAUGAUCAUGCUGGGAUAUGCCAAGUCCAUCAGCCUCAUUGAAAGAGGAAACCCSUCACGGAGUUUGGAGAACGUGUGCCGCUGGGCCUUUGUGCAACAGAAAGGUGACCCUGAUCACGCCGAACACCACGACCACGCAAUUUUCCUCACCCGCCAAGGCUUCGGCCCCACAGGCAUGCAGGGUUACGCUCCGGUUACAGGAAUGUGUCACCCUGUCCGGAGCUGCACCCUGAACCAUGAAGACGGCUUCUCUUCUGCCUUUGUUGUGGCUCAUGAGACAGGACAUGUUUUGGGCAUGGAACAUGAUGGCCAAGGGAACCGAUGCAGCGAUGAGACGGCGAUGGGGAGCGUGAUGGCACCACUAGUUCAGGCAGCCUUCCACCGGUACCACUGGUCCAUGUGCAGCGGUCAGGAGCUGAGGAGAUACAUCCAAACCUACGAUUGUCUCAUGGAUGAUCCCUUCAAACAUGACUGGCCACAACUUCCUGAACUUCCUGGGAUCAACUACUCCAUGGAUGAGCAGUGCCGCUUUGACUUCGGAAUUGGUUAUAAGAUCUGCACUUCAUUUCGGACGUUUGACCCGUGCAAACAACUUUGGUGCAGUCACCCAGACAACCCGUACUUCUGCAAAACCAAGAAGGGUCCUCCUCUGGAUGGGACAGAGUGUGCUCCAGGAAAAUGGUGCUACAAAGGUCACUGCAUGUGGAAAAACCCAAARCAGCUGAAGCAGGAUGGAGCGUGGGGUUCCUGGACUAAAUAUGGUUCCUGCUCUCGCUCUUGUGGAACUGGUGUUCGCUUCAGGACUCGGCAGUGCAACAACCCAGCACCGUCGAACGGUGGCCAGGACUGCCCCGGACUGAACUACGAGUAUCAGCUGUGCAACAAAAACGACUGCCCCCAGCACUUUGAAGACUUUCGAGCCCAACAGUGCCAGCAUCGAAACGCUCACUUUGAAUUCCAAAACAGCAAACACCACUGGCUGCCAUAUGAACAUCCUGACGCUAAUAAAAGAUGCCACUUGUACUGCAAGUCAAAGGAAACAGGAGACUCAGCAUACAUGAAGCAACUGGUGCAUGAUGGGACUCGAUGCUCCUACAAGGAUGCCUACAGUAUCUGUGUGCGUGGAGAAUGUGUGAAGGUCGGCUGUGAUCGAGAGAUCGGUUCCAGCAAAGUGGAGGACAAAUGUGGAGUUUGUGGAGGAGACAACUCCCACUGCCGUACGGUGAAAGGAAGCUUCACUCGGACACCAAAGAAACCUGGSAAGACCAGAGGAGCCUUUUCUUUACCUAAAGGAGCUCGAAAUGUGUUUUUAAAUGAAAGCGAGGACUCUCCAAAUGUUCUGGCUGUUAAGAACCAGGCCACAGGACACUACAUCCUGAACGGGAAAGGAGACGAGCUCAGGUCCAGGACCUUCAUAGACCUGGGGGUGGAGUGGAACUACAUCCUGGAAGGAGAUGUGGAGACGCUGCACACUGACGGACCUCUGCAUGACCCUGUGGUGGUUCUGAUUAUACCCAAAGACAAUGAGACUCGUUCUACUCUGACAUAUAAAUACAUCAUCCAUGAAGAUUCAGUCCCUGUCAACAACAACAACGUGAUCCAGGAGGAAACCUAUGAGUGGGCCCUGAAGAGCUGGUCCCCAUGUUCCAGGCCCUGCUCCGGAGGGUUUCAGUACACCAAAUAUGGCUGUCGAAAGAAAGGAGACACCAAGAUGGUCCACCGGGGAUUCUGUGACGCCAACAGGAAGCCCAAACCGAUCCGCAGGAUGUGUAACCUGCAGGACUGUGCUCAGCCUCAGUGGAUCUCAGAGGAUUGGGAACAUUGUACCAAGACCUGCGGCAGUCUGGGUUUUCAGAUYCGGACAGUUCAGUGCAUUCAGUUCUUCCAUGACGGCACCAAUCGUUCCAUCCACAGUAAAUACUGCAGUGGUGAGAAACCUGAGACCCGAAGACCUUGCAGCAGAACCCCGUGCCCGGCCCAGUGGAGGACCGGAUCCUGGUCAGAGUGCUCUGUGACAUGUGGAGAAGGGACAGAAAGGAGACCGGUCACCUGCAGGAUUGGAGACCAGUGCACUGGAGACAAACCCGAGGUGAUGAGACCAUGCAGACCGGGGCCCUGCUACGACGAGCCCUGCAGUGGAGACAGAUCUAUUUUCUGCCAGAUGGAGGUCUUAGCUCGCUACUGUUCCAUUCCWGGCUACAACAAAUUGUGCUGUGACUCCUGCAGUAAGAGCAGUGGAACUGUUUCUGUUGUGUCUUUAGCAGCUGAGAAAGAAGAACACGUCCGAUUUGGAUCAGCAUCGCAGCUGAUGGAAACACUUAAAACCUUUAACAGCACUCACAGCAGGAAAGCCAUCACAGCUGUGUCUCCGAUGAAGAAAGCUACAUCAAAGAUGACCGCCGCACCGAGGAGGGUUCCCCGACAGCUGAUCCUUACUGAGACGAAGCCUCUCAGACGUGCACUGUCUCCACUCACACAUCCUGAAGGUCAAAGGUCAGACAGCCUGAUGGGGAGUCGGUUGCCUUCAUCAUAUUCUGAAGUGGGCAGAUGAGAGUGAAGGACUUCUAAUGGACACCAGAUGAUCCAGCUUCAUCCUGAUUCUUCUCAAACUGAAAACAUCCUGAAAAGUCAAAAGUGCUGGUUCACUUUGUUGUUUUUUUAUUUCCUGCUCUGUUUUUGUCAUCCUAUAGAUUUUAAUUAUCACAUGGACCAAUUCUGUCCAGCUGGAGCUCAUAUCUGUUUAUGAGAUUAAAUUCUUCGUCAUCCUUCAACCAAACAAACUUUUCUUUUCACUCCAAACCCAAACUUUUUGACUGUUUGCAAAAAUACUUGUAAUAAAAGCAAAGCGAUAUUGAAGUUUUCUUAGCUUCCUGUUUGCUGCAGAAUCAAUCAGAUCAGCAUCUAGAAAGAAUUUGAGUUCAAUAAAACACAUUAAUUUGAAUAAAUCCUCCUUUUGAAGCUGGAUCAAAGUUAAAAGUGCUUUAAAGUUUAAAACGGAUGUUGUAUAUUAUAGAUUACAACAAAUUUUAAAAAUCCUCUUUACUUGACGCUACAGCAUUUUUUUACAAGUUUGACUAAUUAGAUGCAGUUUUUGAUAAAACUACUAAAUUCAACUUGGAAUCCAAAUGGAUCCCAAAGAUCCAGCUGGACCCCAUCAGAACCUGCUCUGAGUUUUUCCUGCAGUUGUGGGGACAUUGCACCAGAAAGGAUCAACUUUAGUUUGUUUUGCUUGAUGUAGCGUCAUUUUCUAAAACAAAGUUUUUACUUUUGCUGUUGAUAAUAUUUCAUCUGUUUCAUAACUGAUCAAAGGAAGCUUGAAAAGAGUUUGGAGCAGGGAUUUUCUUUUAACACGUCAUUUUUCUCCAUUAAAGAACAUAGUGCCAAAUCAGCAGCAAACACGUCUUUUAGUCGUGUAAAAAUCAAUAACUUUGAUUCUCAGUCUUUUUCCUGACAGGAGUCCAAACAUCCAGCUAACUGGAAACAACACAGAUUUUUUGUUUUGUUCAAAUGUCUCAGAUUUGAUCACGGAACAGAGAAAAUGAACAGAUCCCUUCAUUUUUAACAGAUUUGUUCAGGAAUCUGACUCUUUAUAAGAGUCCAAAACAAAGAAACAAUAUUUUUUAUAAAACCAUUUCAAAUUUAAUCAGGAGUGAAAACAUUUGGUUUAUGAAGACAGCAGGGAAAUAGAUUUAUUCAUAUAAAAUAUAAACUUCCAGUCAUCAAAAAAAAGUUAAUCUUCCAGUUUUUCUGCUUUGGUAAUUAGCAGUUUGGAUGGGAGGAAACCCUAAAGGUCAGAGGUGACCAAACAGGAAGUGCUUCUUACUUUUCUUUAGUUUGGUUUUGUUUUCUUUGGUUUGUUCAGGAAUAAAGUGUGACUGUGAGCRCAACAAGCUGGACUCUUCCUGUUUGGAGAACAGGUUUUCUUUUAGACCUGAGAGAGAAAAAUCUUUGUUGUUAAAGAAGAACCGUGCAUCUGACUGCAAUAACAAGUGUUCCCCUGCCUUCUGUGUACUGAACAUGUAAAUACAGCUGGAGCUUUGAAAUAUUUAUUAAAACUUAGACACUUGGACCUUUUACAGUUUGUCAGGUUGCAGCAAAGAAACCAAUAAAAACCUUUAGACUAGAAAGGACAUUGUUUUUUUGUAAACAAGUAGAUGUAAAUACAUUUGCUGAGUUUUGCAGAUGGUUUUCUUUGCAAGAGUUGUGGCUGUUUGUCACCAGAUAAAUGCUUUAUUUUAACCAAGAAAACAUGAAGAAUUAAUCAGGAACCUUUUGUGUUCAGGUGUUUUCCUGCUUUGACUAGUUGAUUUGAUUGUUGGUUUUCCUUGUUUCAGUAAAAGAAGAUUGCUGCUAAUGUUAGAGCGAGCUUGGAAAGAGAAAUGUAGUUGUAGAUGUUCCAGUGACAAUCCCUGAGGCACAGACACAGACUGUAUCCACCACAUUGUCUUCAUCACUUCCUGUUUCCUGUGUGUAGAUGGGCGUGUUCACUACUGAAGCUGUUUGUUGGAACAGGGAGCAGAAAAAUAAAAGAUGACCACAGA